AUGUUUUCCUGUAUCUUCACCUUCAGCCUCCUGGCAACUCAAGCUGCUGCCUACUUCCUCCCAGAAGACCUCCCGUCUGUCAAGACAUGCACUGUGCCCAAGAACACCCCUUCUCAGGUUGAUGACACUCCUAUAAUCAAGGCAACGACUGCAGAAUGCGGCGACACCUCGCGUGUCAUCUUCCAGGCUGGGGUGACUUACAAUCUCAUGACACCCCUUGAGCUCAAGGGCUUGAACAAUAUUGAGCUUGUGUUCAAUGGAAACCUCACCCUUCCCGACAACCUCACCUACGUCGAAUCCGUUGUGGGAAACCCGACUAUGUAUCCGGGCCACUGGAUUACUAUCAAGGGCACCAAUGUCACAUUGACUGGCAGUAAUGAUCCAUCCGACGGGUGGUUCAUUGGACAUGGAGAGCUAUGGUGGUCAGCUGGGGAGUCUGACAGUGAUAAUGACUACAGACCGCAUUUCUUCAGUCUGGGUGUAACGAAUCUUCGCGCUCGUGAACUCAAAGUCUGGAAGCCCGUUGCUUGGGUAUUCAGCUUGGGUGGCAGUAAUGUAUGGAUGACCGACACUUUGGUCGAUGCGAAGUCGAACGAUGGCUUCCCUUUUAAUACUGAUGGAAUCGACAUGUCCGCCAGCAAUUCCCUCAUCGACGGUUUCACCAUCUACAGUGGCGACGAUAUGAUAAAUAUUUCACCACCGACCACCAAUGUCACAGUUCGCAAUAUUUAUACCUCCGGUGGCCACGGCGUCUCUGUAUCAUGUUCUUCGGGCACAGGAGGCGACUAUCUGUUUGAAAACGCCAUCGUCGAGAAUAGCUUAAUGGGUGCGCGGUUCAAAGGGUCGCUUGGCACCACUUGCCAGCUUUACAAUGUAAUGUGGAGGAACUUCACAAUCCACAACACGGGCUACCCUAUUCACUUCAUCGAAAACUACGUCGACCAGGAAAAGGGAAUCGGGCCUGGCGUCAAUACCAGCCUCGCUGCAUAUGGGACCAACUUCACAUGGGAAGACAUCAAGGGGCAGACCGGAAAGAGCUUGAACGACGGCAGCUGCAUCAGCGACCCUUGCUGGAGCGCCACUCUAGGUGGAAACAACAGCAAAGCUUUGUACUUACUGUGCAAAGAUGCGGCACACUGUCAGAACUUCCACUUUUCCGGAAUCAACCUCCUAGGCUACGAUGGCGAGCCGGGGGUAAUGGAGUGCACAGGAUUGGAGGGGGAUAAAACAAUGGGUGUCGCGUGCACAAACGGCACUAUAAGUUUGAACUGA